AUGCUGGUAUCGAAAGGAGUUCACGCUCUGCGCAAUUGGCGCGAGAAGUUUCGGGCCGAAAUCGGAGGCGAUGAAGAGGAUACCUUCCUGCGGGGCAUUCGACCGUUGGUCAUUUUGGGGCAGAUGUUCGGGAUGUUCCCCAUCGACGGCAUCGUGCGGAGCGAACCGGCCCAGCUGGGGCUGAAGUGGUUCUCGUUCCGCGUCCUGCUCAACCUGACCGUGGUGGUGACGGCCCUGCUGCAGGCGUUCUACGAGUACCAGCGGCUCAUGGUGAUCGGCAUUAACGCGAAGAACGUCAGCGGUUUUGUCUUCUUCAUCGACGCGUGCCUCAUCAAUGUGCUCUUCCUAAAUCUGGCCACCGUGUGGCGGUCGGUUGCGAUCAAGUGGGACGAGGUGGACCGAACGUUUAACCGACCUCCAUUCCUGAUGGUUGGCUGGAGCCUGCGGAAGCGCCUGGUUGUGGUAUCAUUUACGCUGCUAAUACUGUCUGUUGUGGAACACUGCCUGUCGGUGUACAGUACGGCGCACACGCAGUUCAUCGAGAUACAGCAGUGCAACUGGACGGUGACGAACCAAUUCCAGCACUACGCCCUGCGGAGAUUCGCCGAGAUGUAUCUCAUCUUUCCGUACCACAAUCUCAGCGCUGUAUUUUUUACCUACGUCUCUACCGCGCUGACCAUCUACUGGAACUACCAGGACAUCUUCAUCAUCUGCAUCAGCAUCGGCAUAGCGACGCGGUUCCAGCAGAUCAACAACCACCUGAAGAUGCUGUCGGACGGGGUGAUCAUUCCGAACGAGGACUUCUGGAUUCGUGUCCGCACGCACUACGUCUCGGUGUGCGAGCUGCUGGACGACGUCGACCGUGCCAUCUCGUGGACGAUGCUGAUCUCCUGUGCUACCAACCUGUACUACAUCUGCCUUCAGAUUUUGCACGUGUCGCAGAAGCUCGCCAACACGGUCGACGAUAUUUACUACUGGUUUUCGCUGAUGUUCCUGUUGGCGCGCACGGUGACGGUGUUCCUUUCGGCGGCCCACAUCCAUGACUGCGCCAAAAAGCCGCUCGAGAUCAUCAUGAAAAUUCCCAACGUGGGCUGGUGUGUGGAGCUCGAGCGUUUUGCUGCCCAGCUGAAGAGCGAAAAGGUUGCCCUAUCUGGGAUGGGAUUUUUCAGUCUCACGCGCCAGUUGCUUUUCUCGAUGGCCGGCACGAUUGUGACGUACGAGCUGGUGAUGCUCAAGUUCGACGAGGACUCGGAAAAUAAGGGCCACAUUCCGCUCUGCUCGAAAUUUCCCUUCGAGCAUCUGACGGCUUCGGAUGCUGCGACGGAUCCGAAGGAUUUGCACUUCCGGUUGCUCUCGAUUCCACUGGUACUGAGUGUAGUAACCAUGGUCGGCGGUUUUGUGAUUAUGAUUGCCGCCCUGGUAAGGCUCAACCGGAUUGGCUUUAAUGCAAUCAACUCGGCUGAACCGAUAUUCUUCGGGAUGUGUGCCCUGCUGAAUGUGUUCUUCGUGCGACUGGCGAUCCUUUGGGGGGAUUUCAUGACGUUCUGGUCCCAGCGGGAGGAGCUGUUCUUUGCCCGACCGUACGGUGCGAUCAACUUGAGGCGCAGGGUGGUGUGGGUUGCCGUUGGUAUCAUUGGUGCGGCAAUCGUUGAACAUGCUAUGAGUGUGAUCAAUCAUGCCUACAACGUGUACCAGGAGAGCCUCACCUGUAGGUACAAUGUCAGCAGCCCCAUCAAACUGUACGCAAUGCUGACCUUCCGGAUGGUCUAUCCGUCGAUCCCUUAUAACCACCUCCUUACAAUAUACCUGGUGUACACCACGAUCGCACUCACCUUCAUCUGGACGUUUACGGACCUGUUCAUCAUGCUCGUCUCCACCAGCAUCGGGUGUCGGUUCGGCCAGCUAAACAAGCGCAUCGAUGCCAACCGGUACAACAGUUCCGAGGCUUUUUGGGGCGAAAUGAGGGCACAUUUCGUCGGGCUGAUGGAGCUGGUGGAGCGUGCCAACCGGAUGGUGGGCCCGUUGGUGAUCGCUUCCUGUGCCAACGAUGUGUACUUUCUUUGCCUGCAAACGCUCAACACGGUGGAGAACAAACCGUACGCCAUCAAUGAGUGGUACUUUCGAUACUCGUUCCUGUUUCUGAUCGUGCGCACCACGGCCAAGCUGUGGUGUGCGGCUGAAGUAAACGAAGAAUCGCUGCGUACGCACAAGCUGGUGCAGACGGUGCAAAGCGAGCAGUACAACGACGAGCUGGAGAUUCUGCGCAUCUGCUCUACCGCGGAUGGCCGGAUCGAUACUGACGUACGAGCUGGUAUUGCUGCGUUUCCACAGCACCUCCAAGGGCGUCGGUGA